AUGACUGUGGAUGUUAACGUAUUGAAAUUAAAGUCAUUUCGUGUGGUGCAAUUGCGAAACAGCACCAUGCGAUUUACCGGUGUCAUCGUUUUGGCGCUAGUCGCGUUUGCAUGGGCUGAUGGACCUCUACCAUUGGCCACUGAAGAUGUGGCAACCAUCAAAACUGCGACAGAUAGUAGUUACCGUCUACCUGAAGACUUGGACCCUAUCAGUUAUGAUAUAGAAGUAACUCCAUACUUCACUGAAGCUACCACUCCGCAAGGAAAAGAACAAUUUACUUUUGAUGGCACUGUCUACAUUGUUUUCGAUGUUCUCAAACCCAAUUUGAACUCUUUUGUUAUACAUGAAAAUGUAAAAUAUGUUUCGGCAGUAAGAUUAUUUAAGAAUGAGAAUGAUGAAAUCGUUAAUUUGCAACCUGGCCUAGGAUUUGUACGUGACCGACAAUACCAAUUUUUGAAAAUUAACCUAGCUACCGGCACUACUUUGGAAGUGGGAACGAAAUACAAACUGUUGGUUACCUACGUAGGUAACAUCAACGAAACUCCUCUCUCCAGGGGUGUUUUCAGAGGAAACUACAAAGAUGAAAACGGAGUUACACGUUGGUACCUGGCCACUCACCUUCAGCCCACUCAUUCUAGGCAGGCUUUCCCCAGCUUUGACGAGCCUGGAUUUAAGUCCACUUUCAAAAUUACCAUCAACAGGCCAGCUAGCUUCUCUGAAUCAUUCUCCAACAUGAAGUUGCAGUUAUCAAUACCGCAGGGAAACGAGCGCAUUAAAGAGAUCUUCGAAGUGACUCCAAGAAUGUCGGCUUACUUGGUGACAUUCCACGUCAGUGACGGGUUUAAAGUAAUUGCUGACAAUAAGGACAAUGAAAGGUCUUACAGAAUUCUCGCAAGAUCUAACGCUGAUGGUCAAGGAGAAUAUGCUUUGGAAAUAGGAACACCUAUAACCAACUGGCUUAGUGAAUAUCUAGAUAUCGAUUACUACACUAUGGCUCCGGGCAUUAAAAAUGACCAGAUUGCCUCACCGUACUGGGCUUCUGGAGCUACUGAAAACUGGGGAUUAGUGACUUACAGGGAACUUCGUCUGCUCUAUGAAGAGGGUGAAACAAAUGCUGCUGACAAGCUAUCUAUCGGUACUAUAACUGCUCACGAACUUGCCCACAAAUGGUUCGGUAACCUGAUCACCUGUAGAUGGUGGGACAAUGUCUGGAUCAACGAAGGUUUCGCUAGCUACUUCGAAUACUUCGCAAUGGAUGGCGCAUACCCCGAAUUGGAAUUGGCCGAUCAGUUUAACAUUAUGUACGUUCAAAGUGCACUGUCCGCUGACUCGGCAACUAGCACCAGAGCUUUACAGCAUACCGUCAAUAGCCCUUCUGAUGUCACUGGUCAUUUCACUGGCAUUAGCUACUCUAAAGGAGCCUCCUUCCUUCUCAUGUUGAAGCAUUUGGUAUCUGAAGAAACUUUCAAGAAGGCUUUAUACAACUUUUUGGAUGACAGAAAAUACCAACACGCCUUCCCAUCACAUCUUUUCGAUGCUUUUGCAAAAGCAUUAGCAGAUAAAUCGGAAGAAAGUAUUGCUCUGGAUAUCAGAUCGUUCAUGUCCUACUGGGUCUUUGAAGAAGGAUACCCUGUCCUCAAUGUUAAAGUCAACAGCGAAGCUAACACCAUCGAACUUGAACAGGACCGAUUCUUCAUCAGUCCAUCAGCGUCUCCCACACAACAAGUUUGGCCUCUACCAAUUACAUACACAACCCAAAGUAGCCCGAACUGGAACAAUCUCAGUCCUGUCAAAGUAAUGACUACGAAGACUGACACUCUCCAAAAUGUUGCAACUGGCGGCUGGGUUAUCUUCAAUGUGCAACAAAAGAAUAUCUACAGAGUGAACUACGACACGGAAACCUGGUUGAAGCUCGCAGAACAACUUCAAACUGAUCACAACGUUAUUCAUCAUUUAAACAGAGCUCAGAUUGUUGACGACGUUUUCGCACUCAUGCGAUCUGAAAGGUUGUCAUUACAAGUUGGCUUCCAAGUUCUGCAGUUCUUGAAGAAAGACACAAGCUUCUACGUCUGGUAUCCAGCAAUAUCCGGUUUUAACUGGUUGAGGAAUAGGCUCUUGCACACCGCGCAACUCCCUACCUUCGACCGUCUCCUCUACAGCUACCUCGACAACGUUAUCCAGGAUGUUGGCUUCGAUGUAGAUGCUAAUGAACACAUCACUAGAACUCUUAACAGAUUCUACUUACUCAACUUCGCCUGCAACAUCGGUCACCAAGAGUGCAUCAACAAUUCCGUGAACAGAUUUAAGAGUUACAAAUUCGGUGAUGUAGCCAGUGUCAAUCCUAACGUGAGACGUCAUACCUUCUGUGAGGGUCUCCGAGCUGGCAACUUUGAAGACUGGAGCUUCAUUGCCAAACGUCGUCAGGAGUCCAACAACCAGGCUGAUGAGGUGGCAAUGUUAAGAGCUUUAGGAUGUGCUACAAACGAUCAAGCUAGAAACGAAUACCUGAAAUUAAUCUUAACUGAAGACGUUAAGGCUCAAGAUCGAGUGAACGCCUUCACUUUCUUCUACAUGGGAGACUCAUCCAACGCUAAAUACGCUAUACCAUUCAUCAAGGCAAACGUGAAAGAAAUUGAAAAGGCGGUUGUUCUACCUGCGUGGUUCCAAAAUAUAUUCUCCAACAUUGCCGGCUACUUGGAUGAGGCAGGCUUAGUAGAAUACGAAACUAUGCUCUCUUUAAUCCAAGCAGAAUAUCCCUCUGCAUUUAACGCGGGGACUAGUGCAAUAUCUUCUGCUAGAGCGAAUAUCCAGUGGGGUAACGAUAAAGUUGCAGAGAUUAUAGCUAUAGCUGACGAUCAACUAACCACUACAACUACUACUACUACUACUACAACAACGCCAGAGCCUUCAUCUCCCAGUGAAGAAGAAGAACCAACGACUACACCAGAACCUGCUCCAGGCUCCGCCACAGUUGCUUUCCCAGCCACCAUAAUGCUUUUAUGGACAGCAUUAGCCAUCAUGCUGAAAUAG